AUGUCUGACACACAAGAAAUUCAUAAUUACCCCUUUGACUCAAUUAUUAAUUUUAAAAAAUCAGGACAUAGUUUUUCAUAUAAAAUUAUAAAAGAAGGAACGUAUCCUAAUAAAUCUUUAUUAGCGUACACUCUUCCUCCUAAUAAAUAUCGAAUCCCUGAUGAUUAUAUGGUAGAAACAACUUGGGGUAGAAGUAAUAAUCGAUGUGUUGUUCAGUGUUUUAUUAAUUACAUUGAUAAUAAACCAGUUUUUCAAAUCUGGUUUGGAAAGUGUUUUGAACAUGUAGUAUCUUCAGUUAGAAGUGCGACGGAUGUUACAAAUUUAUUUCAUAAAGAAUAUACAUCUUUAAAAAAAACAAAAACAUCAGGAAUUUAUUUGUUUGGUCUUCAUCUCAAAACAUUAGAAAUGGCAAGAGAAGGCAAGCGACGUGCACAUAUAUUAAAACCAAUUGACCAAUGUGGAAAUUCCACCCUUACAAAACGUGCUAUGAGUAUUGGAAAACAUAUAUUAGCUGAAUUCAACGAAAAAACACAGAAGCUAUAUAAUUUGGAAGACGUACCAGCAUUGGAAAGUAUAUGUUAUUCUGUUAAUAAAAAACAUACUUUUAAUAUCAGUUACGAGAAUGAAGAUAAAACUAAAAAAAAACAAAAACUUGAAUCAAUAGUUAGAGCAUUAGAUGAAGGCAAUAUUCCAAGAGAUUCUUAUAGACGUCUAUGUGCUAUAGAAUAUAACCUAUCACGUGAAGGAGAAAUAUCUAAAGAACGUAUAAAUAUAAAUGAAAUAAUGGUCCAGCUCAUACCAAUAACAAUAGUAGAUAUAAAUACUAAAAGUCAAGUGGAUGAAUCCGAAGGAGUAGAUAUAGAUGAUGAAUCUAUAACACAAGAAGUAAUUAAUGCAGUUGGUAAAGGUGGCUAUAGAAAUAUUAAUAAUAUAUUGUAUUAUUUGGUUCCUAACCUUGUUCAAAAAGGCAUCUUGAAUCCAGAUCAGCCCAUAAUUAAUCUUCGAAUCUCUGGAGAUGGGCGAAACGUAGGAAGGAAAGUAAAACAUGUAAUCAUCACAGUGGCUAUUUUAGAUGAUAAAAAUACUUCACACAAACCAGAUCAUCAUUAUACGACCAUACUCUAUCCUGGAUGUGAAGAUUACAACUCUCUAUCAAAUGCAAUGACCCAAUUCUGCCAUGAUCUAAGAAAUUUAAAAGAAGGACUGGUAAUUGAUAAUGUAAAGUGGAAUUUUCAAUUUUAUUUUUCGUCUGACUGGAAGUUCUUAGCAAUCUGUUUGGGUUUUAAUAGCGCUCAUAGUAAAAAUUUCUGCCCUUGGUGUACAAUUGAUAAAUCACAACAAGGAGAUCUAUCAAAAGAAUGGAAGAUUAAUAAAGAAAUAGAUAAGUUAGUUGAACAAAAUAAUUACUAUAAAGGACAUAUAAGAAAACCACUUUUUGAUAUGAUACCUCUUAAUCACUGGGUUCCUGAUGAAUUGCACAUUAUGCUUAGAAUUACUGAUCGUUUAUGGAGUCUUGUGAUAGCAGAAUUAACAGAAUAUGGUUUGUUUAAUGAUACUGCACGAAAGAUAAUUGUAGAGGAAAUGAAAAGAAUUAAAGUUAAGUUUCAAUUCUGGCAAAUUCAAGAAUCUAAAACUUGGAGCUACACAUCAUUAAUGGGAAAUGAUAAGAUCAAAGUAUUACAAUUCUUUGAUUUAUCAAAAAUUCUUUCAAGACAACGCGCUAAUAUGAUACGAAAUCUAUGGAAUAAAUUUUAUGAACUCUACAUAAAAAUGAAGGACCAAAAAACAAAUGCUGAAGAAUUUCAAAAUGAUGCAAAGAAUUGGCUUACUUUAUUCUUAACGCCAUCUGAAGGUAUUCCAAAUACUCAAGGAUUCAAAAAAGGUCUUUAUAAACCUAAUGAUAUGACACCUUACAUUCAUGUGUUAGUCCAUCACGUUUCUGAAUUUAUGACAAUUCAUCAAAAAUGGGGAUUAAAGUCAUUUUCAUGUAGUGCAGUGGAAAAAAAAAAUCAUCAGCAAGUUUCUUAUUUUUUUCGUAAAACAAUGAAAGAUGGAGGUAGAAAAUCCAAGUCAUCAGCAAUUAUUGAGAUCUUAGAACAUGAAAAUCGAUCUCUUUUUUACAAUUACCAUAAUGUUUCCUUAAACUCUCAAAAACCUCAUAAAAUUCAUAUUAAAGCUGAAAAUAAUUAG